CAUUUCUUCAGCAGAUCCACUGAGAGAAGUCGUCCAGUAAGAUGGAUUUAUUGAAUCUCUUCUCUCCACCACCUUUUUUUCGCAUUUUUAAGAUCGUCUUCCCAAUAAUCUUUGGGAUCAUAUUCUGCAUAAUUUUGUGUAGAUGUUUCUUUACGUGUCGGAAAACGGGAGAGGAUCGGAGACAGCUGGCACAAGCGUCAGCACGUGCUCUGGAACCUCCUCCGGCCGUCUACACCAUCCCCGUUUUACGGCCUCAAGUACAACGACAUAGACCACCGCGGUACAACCUGCCACAGCAGUGCCCCCCUCCUCCAGCUUAUAUCGAGCUGAUGCCGAAGCCUGACUUCCCCAGUGUUCCUCCUCCUGCCUAUACAGAAGUCAUCGGCUCUCCGGUCAACCCUUCCGCCCCAGGUCAGAUCACUCCAUCCUGCCCUCCGCUGCCUCAGUGAUCCGAGAGUGUGAAGUGAAGAACCGUCACUGUGCAAUAGAAAGCUGAAAAUGUCCUUCCUUCCAACACAACGAUAAACAAAUGACAGAAAUUAAAAGCCAUAGCCUUUAUUUUGGUCUGGCUGAGCGGUGAAAUUGUGUACACAUUUUUGUAAGAUAUGUGAAUAUAUUUGUAGCUUUGUUUAUGAGCACCAAGCAUGUAAAUAAUGUUUAUUCCUGGAACAUUGUGUAGGUUUUGUGUUUUAAAUUAUUCAACUAAAUUUAGUACUUAGAAUUGAAUGAGGACAAAUUUUAACUUAAGUAUAAAAGACAUUUUAUUAUAUAAAUUAAGAGAAAAAAAAGGACAUUUAGACAAAUGGUAAUCAAUCAACCAAGAAAGUUUGUAUUUGAUCUAUAAGG